UUGGGUGCGAGGAUGCGACGCCUCACGCUGUUGGCCCUGUUGGUGGGGGUCAUGCUGUACCUGGCGAUGGGGGCGCUGGUGUUCCGCACGCUGGAGGCGCCCCAGGAGAGCCAGGCCUACGACCGGCUGGUGGACGUCAGGGACCGCUUCCUCCGCAACCACUCUCACUGCGUCAGCCCCGAGGCCUUCAACCAGCUCAUGAUGGGCAUGGUAUCGGCUGUGGAUGCAGGCCUGGAUCUGAGCAGCAGUUUGUCGAACUACACUAGCAACUGGGACCUCAUCAAUGCUUUCUUCUUCUGCGGGACCAUCAUCACCACCAUCGGCUUUGGGAACCUGUCCCCUCGCACCUGGUUCGGCCAGCUCUUCUGCGUCUGCUACGCCCUGGUGGGCAUCCCGAUGUUCGGCAUUCUGCUGGCCGGGGUCAGUGACCACAUGGGCACCGUGCUCCGGAAGGCCGUGGCCCGGAUCGAGACCCUGUUCCUGAAGCGCAACCUCAGUCCCACCAUAGUUCGCGUGAGUUCGGCGGUGAUCUCCAUCCUGAUUGGCUGCCUGAUCUUCCUGGUGGUGCCCACGCUGGUGUUCCAGGAGGUGGAGAGGUGGACCUUCCUGGAGUCCAUCUACUUUGUAGUCAUCACUCUCACCACCGUGGGCUUUGGAGACUUCGUUCCAGGCUCAGGCCGCGACAGUGACAUCAUCCUGAAGCCUCUGGUGUGGCUGUGGAUCGUGUUCGGCCUGGCCUACUUCGCCUCCAUCCUGGCCAUGAUCGGUAAAUGGCUGAGGGUGCUUUCCAAGAGGACCCGCGCCGAGAUGGAGGAGCUCCGGGCCCACGCCACCGACUGGCACCAGAACAUCCAGAACAUGGACUUCCGGAUCCCCAACCCGCUGGAGUUCAACGACCCCUUCCUGCUGCAGCGCCGCCGCUGGAAGCGCAGCGAGCGGCGGCGGGUGCGGCGGGGGGCUCAGGCCACCCUGGGGUACCUGGUGCGCGGCGGCUCCGAGAACGGACACCUGCGCAACCGCUGGCCGGACCUCCCGGGGGGCUCCAUGGUGUGGCUGGAGACCAGCCUCCCGCCCGGCCCCGGGGCCAAGGGCCCCGGGGGCGUGGAGGUGGCCACGGUGCCCCGGGCGGGGCUCGGCCUGGGGGGGCACCCGGGGGUGCGCUCGUUCGCCCGCUCGCUCUCGCUCCCCGUGGCGCACUCCACCCUGAGGCUGGACCUCCUGCGGCCCCGGCUGGGGGGGCCCGGGGGCCCGCUGUCCUCCUGCGACUCCCGCUCAGACGCCGCGUCCCGCUCCUCCUGCUCCUCCUGCUCCUCGGGGCCCGAGGGCUUCCAGCCCGGCCUGGCGCCGGGCCGCGGCGCGGCGGAGGAGGAGAAGGCGUGGCCCGGCCCCCCGGCCCGCCCCCCCUCCCCGGAGGAAGACUCUGCGACCGAGCUCCGGGAGCUGCUCCUGGUCUCGGGGCCCGACGAUCCGGAGCAGGGGCCGUCCCCUGUCUCCACCGGACGACCUUCCUCCUCCUCCUCCACCUCCUCCUCCCCCUCGCCACCUCCUCCUCCCCCCUCGCUGCCGCCCGACUGCCAGCUGCUGGACUUCUUCGGGGAGAACCUGGCGUACAUCGACGAGUCCUCGGACACGCUGAGCGACCGCGCCCAGCCGGAGGGGGGCGGGGCGGAGCCGGGGGGCGGGCGGCCGCGCAAACCAAACAGGAAGAGGAGCAUGAGGAGGGCGCCGCCCUUACAGCUCAGCCCCCUGGUGGCCAGGAAGAGGCACAGCAGUGACAUACAGCCGCCGUCCAACCCCCCCACACCACCCCCACACUCCCCCCUCUGAGGCCACCGGGGGGCAGUAUCUCUCUCCCCCCUUUGUGACCAGGGGGGCAGCUCUCCCCCCCUGGUCUCAGAGGGGGAGAGUAUCUCUCCCCCUCUGAGACCAGGGGGGAGACAGAGAGAUACUCUCCCCCUCUGAGACCAGGGGAGAGACCAGAGAGAUACUCUCCCUCUCGGACAAAGACACAAAUGAACAAUGUUUUGUUUUUGCCAUUUCUCAGAAGCCUUUUUAUGGUCAGUGGCCAAAUUAAGGAUUCUAUAAACAUGUUGUUGUCAUGUUGCUAUCUUGAUUUAGUUGUUGUAGUGAUUUAUCUGUGUGUGCAAAACCAUGACUGUGAAAGCCAAAAUCCAGUUGAUUGUAAUGUAAUCAAAUGUAAUCAAUCACACAAAGCCUUUAGCGCUCAGCACUAAACAAGUAUGUAUACUAGUGUGUCUUUAUCUAGUCUAUACAUGUGUUAACGGUUUACAAUUUAACAAAUAAGUUCAAGAAACGACCAAUAAGGGCCCUGGGUUCAAUUCAUUACAUAACACCCACAAUGCCUUUCAGGGGGAUAUCACGUACCCUUCUUCAAUGAUUUAUAGUUCGGAUUGUAUCAAUCGAACAAAUUCCUCUUCUUUCAGGAGGAAAUUCCAUAGUCGUAUUUUUGUAAAGAUUUAGACGCAGGGCAUCUUUCAAGUCUGCAUUAACGACACCACAUAAGGGAGGAAGUGCCGCCCUCCGCUGUUUAGAAAAGGGUACUGCAAAGUGGCCUCAAAUCUGACCAUGAACCUUGAUUAGGAUCAAGAACAUCACCGUUACUGACCACACAAACUGGUGUCAUUUAUAUAAACCUGCAUUUCACUACCGUGUCACAACUUAUUUAACAUGACUUUGUGUCUACUUACCAUCUUCUGUUGCCCUCACUAACCAACCAUAUUUUAAUUGUAUUUACACACAGGAUCAUAGGAAUGAUCUUAAUGGACGCUCAAAGCAAAGAACACGUUUCCCCCCUCAACCAGGUCCGUCCCGUGUUGGGUUUGAUGAGGUGUGGGGGUAAGGCAGUGUUGUGGUCGUCACCCAAGUCUCCAGUCUCCAGUGUUAAGUUAUAGGUCUACUGAUAUGAUAACAAAAUAACAAAAACAAUAGGGAUCCAACCUGUUGGCUUGGACCCCUAAAAAAAGCAUUUGACUCUGUGUUACUUGUGGAAAUGACACGGAUUGGCUGUCUCGACUUCCCAGCUAGAAGUGUAAUGAGCAGGGAAAAAUACAUUGUACAUUGUCUCAUUUAAAUAUAAAAUAGAUACCAUGCA